CAGCAGGUUUCAUCCUACCCACAUUUCCAUCCCUCUGCAAAAUCUCCCUUCGUCCCUCGAAUUUUACUUCUCGGCUCUUCAAAUCAGAUCCUCCGUUCACUCAAAAUUUCUCCGGUUAGUUCGAUUUUGGUUUCUCGAUCGAAUUUUGAAGCAAAAGCUUGAAUCGAUCCUUGUGCUUCUGCUUUCAAUCGAUCCUUUCCAAUAUCUUCAAGUUUUUAUGCCAAAUCUUCGAUGGAAAGGAAGAAGAGCAAGAGUAACAAUAAAAAUCUUUCAUUUUAAGGCGAGCUAUUUUUUCAUCUCGAAACAAUAAAAAUGGGAAAAAGAAAAAGGAGUUGAUCCCAAUUAGGAUAGUCACUAGCCAGUUGAAAUGCUUGAGAUGCCCCCUGUUCAGGAUAUCUACCAGGCUCCUCAUUCUUGCUUCUAUUGUCACAAUACAAUGGUGACAAGAAGAUUGAUCAGGUGUAAGAAAUACCCAUCAAUGGAGUUGAGAGGUCUCUUCCAGUAUCUAGUGAAUCAGUUAAAAAAGGGGCAAGGAAUUGAGCUUGUUCUCCUGCAGGAGCUGAUUCAACAAAUGGCAAAUGUCCAGUUCACUGAGGACCUAACUAAGGAGCAGUUGGAUGCUAUGGCAGGUAGUGAAACUCUUCAGUAUCAGGCAAUAUCAUUUGGUGUAACUAGAAAUAAUAAGGUUAUUUGUCAAAAUUUUGAUUUUAGGCCCUGCAUUGUGCAAUUUAUGUUGCAAAUUAUUCGAUGUCCCUUUUAUCAUUAGGACGUUCCCCCUGCUAUAAUAGCAUGUCUGGUUGAUUGUUUUGAUUGCUUGAGUCAAAAACAAUUAUUCUUUUGUCACUUUCUUUGUCUUAUAAUUGGAUCUUAGGCAAAUGAAGCCUCCAACAAUGAAGCCCCUACCUGCUUGCUAUUAUCGAACAUGAUUUAUUCUUUCAUAAAGAAUUGAUCAUUUGAUAAUUGUGAUUAAUUUCACCCUCUGAUGAGUUUCUGUUAUGCAUUUCUACUGUAUGUUUUGCUUUGCAU